CUGAUAUUAUGAAAGAAAAUUGGCAUGGGUCUGAACCAUACAGAAAUUCGUCUUUAUCUCAUGUACUAUUCAUCGAUAAACCUUCAACAUGUGACCGUUUGAGGAAGCUGAAUAUCUACACAUGAUGAAAAAUGUUAAAAGAUAUAAACAAAGGCUUUUACACAUACCAGAAAGAAUCAAUUAAUUCGUCUACAUGGAUAUAAGGAAAUAAUUAGAGAUAUUCAGGUGAAAUACCGUUAUCGGCAGGCUUAUACCCCUUGAUAUGGCAAGUUUUGACCCAGACGAAUCAGAGCCUCUAUUGAAGAGGACGGGAAGAGAGGGGGCCAACAUGGAGGCGGAAAAGAAACCAGCGAGUCGGCCGAUGAGCCGCCAGCAGCUGGUGGUGGUGGGUUGCAUUCUGAUGUGUGAGCUCUGUGAACGGCUGACCUACUACAGUGUCACCGCCAAUGUGGUGCUUUUCUGCACCAACACAUUGAAACUGGAGAGUACUACAGCAGCAACCGUUUCGUUGGUCUUCUCCGGAACUGUGUUUAUUAUCCCCGUCAUUGGAGGUUAUAUAGCAGACACUUUGGCGGGAAAAUACAACACAAUUCUAGGAUCGGGACUUAUAUAUGUGCUAGGCUUGUUUUUGUUGCCGACUUCAGCGUUCGAUUACACGGAUUUCUUUGGCACGGAUGAUGAUGGUGUACCCUUCGACCUGUCCAUAAGUAUGCGCAGAGUUUACUACUUUAUGGGGCUCGUUUUCGUUGCCAUAGGAACCGGGGGUAUCAAAGCAAACGUCGGACCAUUUGGCGCGCAACAAGUUGAAGAUCUUGGACCGGAAGCUGUACAAUCUUUCUUUAAUUGGUUUUACUGGUUCAUUAACGCCGGCUCGUUCAUUGCUUUCCUGGGUGUGGCGUACAUACAGCAGAACGUCAGCUUCAGCCUGGGUUACCUCAUACCCUUUAUUUCCAUGAUAGUGGCCCUCGUCAUAUUCGUUGCCGUCAAAUCCAAGUACAAACAGACUCCUCCUGGAGGUAGCAUAAUUGUCGAUUCACUUGGCGUUUGUUGUGAUGCUGGAUGUAGGAAGUUUGACAAUGCGCGAAAAAGCAAUGGAGGAAAGUAUCCAGACGAUUUCGUUACCGGUGUCAUCGCUGUUCUGCGGGUUAUUCCAGUGUUCCUGUUGAUUAUUCUUUACUGGGCAAUAUAUUCUCAGAUGCAGUCGACAUUUUUCUUACAAGGCGAACGCAUGGACGCCAAACUCGGAAGCGUGAUAAUGCCUAUAGCUGUAUUGAAUGUGUUCAACACGAUCAUCAUCUUAAUCCUUAUCCCCAUCAUGGACAAAGUCGUUUAUCCAUUCUUGGCUAAAUAUAACAGGAGCCCCACUCACUUGCAGAGAAUCGGCUUGGGGUUUGUCUUAUCAGCUCUGUCGGUUUUAGUGGCGGGAAUUUUGGAAAUUUACCGUAAAAAGGACAUCGAAGAAAAUGGAGUCAUUGAACAAAAACUUUCAGGAGAUACAUUCAACGCCUCGAGUAUUUCGAUAUUUGCACAAGUUCCACAGUUUGCCCUUGUAGGAGCCAGUGAGGUGUUUGCGAGUGUUUCAGGCCUGGAAUUUGCCUACUCCCAGGCGCCAUCUUUUAUGCAAGGAUUGGUGAUGGGUCUAUUUCUCAUGACGUCAGGAAUUGGAAACUAUGUGUCUGAGGCAAUCCUUGAGAUAGUCAAAGAGGCCACAGGAGCUGACCCUCCAGAUGCCUGGUUUCCAGAGGAAAUAAACGACGGAAAGACAGAAAACUUAUUUUUCAUGCUAGCCGCCCUGAUGGCCGUGAACACGCUAGUUUUUGUCGUCGUGGCUUAUUUUUAUAAGUAUAAGUCACCGGAAGAGACUCAAUACCUAGAAGUAGAAAAAGUCGUCGAUCCGGAUAAACCGCCACCGUAUGAGCAGACGGCGGGUGGUUUUCAUGAAAACCCCGGUUAUAGUGAGCAUCCGGAAAGCACAAGGUUAUGAAAAACCACGAAGCAGCAUCGAAAGACGUUUGUAAUAUUCUGUAGAGAUAUUACUUUUGCCUUUAAUAACGUUCAACAAAAAAACAUACUACUGCGAGUUACUACUUAAAGUAAUAACAACUUCGAGUUAUCUUUCUUUGAAAUGUGUUGGCGUUUUCUCAUAUCUGAAAUCCGACAAUGUGGUGCUUUACUAGCAUUAGAUUAGAGAUACAAAAGAUCGUAAUAUCUUAAAACAAUAUUUUAUGAUUUUCAGAGAAGAAAUCCAUCUAAUUGAUUUGCAUGAAUACCUGUAUGAACAUUAUUAUUAUUUUUUAUUGAAAUACAGUAUUUCGUUGUGUGCUCAUCAAAUUGUCUUCGAUUCACUUAUGAUUUUUGCUUGUUCGAUAUAUUCAUAUUUUUACAAUAAUAUAUAACUAAGAGGAACAUUCAUUAAAUAAACUCAUUUACCAUU